UUUGUACAGUAGUACGAGUAGUACUUACUUUACAAAUUACAAUGUUAAAUGUUUUUAUAAGUUUUUCUACGAUGCAUACAUGAUGCAAAGUGCAAAAUUGGAACAUCGCUGUUUGUGAAAUUGUGAAUUUAACUAACUAAAAAAAAGUGUUAUUUUUAAGAUAUUUUAAGCCUGAGGCAUAUUUUACUUGCUUGUGAAUUGUGAUUGUCUGCCAGUACUUAUUUGAAGCACAAUUCGGCAAAUCCUAACUAAUAAAAAAAGUAUCAUCUUUUUCACUGGAUAAAAUUGAGAAAACUGUUUAUAUAUUUGUCCACACACAUGGGCACGAUAGUAAUUAUAUAUCCCUAAGAAGUGGGAAAAUAUGGCAAACAUCACUCAGUGUUUUUCUUUAAAUUACAAAGAAUUUUUAUUAGAUGAAAUAGCACUGGAUGGCCUACAAGGCAUUGGUAUUGAAUUAUUAUGGAAACGUAUGGAAAAGCGUAUUGGCACACCCUUAACUCCCAAGAUAAAAGAGAAAUUCUGGAAGUUCUUAUCCAAUACUAAAUCUAUAUCAAUAUUUCACGUUUCUGACCCGCCAGUGGUUGUAGAAAUUAUAGAUCGAUUCAUGAUCGUUGAUGAAGCUACAGGAUAUAUACUAGACCCUCUCACCCAUUUAGAUGGCCCUUAUGAAUGGUGCCCAAUUGAAAACGAGUAUGGAUCAUGUUCUAACUAUACAACUAGAAUAUUGAUAUCAGAGAAUGAUGUGCAGUCAAGGACAUAUGAAGAUGUGAAAUCACAGUAUGGGAACAAUUUGGUACUUGUAGCUUCUAUAGAGAAAAGAUGGCACGCUUUGGCACCUCAUUUACCCAUUUCCUACUUGAAUCAGCUUACACCAAUACACUAUGGCUUGUUGGAAUUGAUUGGCAAAGGGAGAGAAAAUGGACAAAUGACAGUCGGCACAACAAAUCUUAGUAAAAUAAUCAAAGAACCGAAACUAUUGUUUUACAAUAGAAAUGUCCUACAUAAACUUGGCUUGAUCGAAGUGCAUUACACCACACAAAUUACCUCUGGCAAGGCUAUGAAGAGCAUAUUACUGCGGCUAAAGAGAUUCCACCAACCUUUGUUAGGGAGUCUGCCUAAAGUUGGCCUGAUAGCCAAUGCAGUUGAAUAUUUACUGCAACAACCUGACCAUUCCGAAGUAAAUGAGGUUAUGAUCAAAAAAGGACUUAUGACAUCAAAACAUUGUAAGCGAUUCCAGAAAACAAUGUAUAUCUUUACUUUCGAUGAGAGAGAUGUCCAGGUAGAGAAAAGCACGACUCCUAAAGGUGAAAAACAUAAAGAAAUUGUCAAAAAAAAGUUCAUUUCACUCGCACAAAAUUUUGAUGAGCCCCACUCAGAUGAAGAAAUUGAAAAAGCUCCUUUACAAUGCCAAUAUAAAGUAGGCGUUGGUAUUAUGAGACAAGCAUAUGAAAGGAUUUUGGAAGCUGGUCUCAAAGGUCUUACACAAACGGAAAUUGCUCAACUACUAGGUGUAGAAUUUUAUACUAGCAGAUCUAUAUGCAGAGUUUUCAAAAACAAGAACCUCGUUAGGGAGUUUCUAGAAGAUAAAGGCCGACAAAGGACAGCCAGAUAUGUAGCUGUUGCAGCUACAAAAGAAAUUGAUAAAGAAUAUGAUAAAGAGAAAAAUAUACUACUUGAACACGUGCAGGACGCAAAAGAAACAAUUCAAUCUAUUAACAUAAGCAAUUCAGACUCUGAUAAUGAUGUACCCAUUAAGAAACUAAAGCUUGAUAAGGACUGCAAGGAAACUGAAAAAAAUAUUAAAGAAAACACAGAAAGUUUCAUAACCGAAUUAAAAGCAAUAGAAGGUUGUGAGACUGUUAAGGAGUCUCUUCUGAACACUAAAAAGAAUCUAACAUUAAGACAACUGAAGUAUGCUAAUGGAAUUUUGAAAAUACUCAAAGAGUUAAAGUUCAUUAUUGGAUUCCAGACAUUGAGUAUGGUAGUGUCUAAAGCAAUAGGUGAACCACCUAUGGACACAAAGUCCCUCAAACUAUUCGUCCACAAACUAAUGACUGAUGGUCAGUUGAAAGUUUUGAAAAUAAGCAGACCAAAGAAAGCAUAUUUCCUCAUCUGCGCUCCCAAUAUCCAGCCAACAGAUGACAUAAUAAAGAAAAAAUUCAAAGAACUGUGCUUCAAACCAGAGCCAAUCAGGAAAAUUAAAAAAAUUAAAACAGAAGCUGCUAGGCCAAAGUGGCAAUUCAUAUAUCAGAGGUAUAUUAAAAUUCAGAAAUUACACGAAUUCGUUAUAAAAUUCGUUUACUUCAAUGACCAUACACCUGAAACUAAUUUUGCGCCAGGCUUUACCUCCAUGCUAACUGUCAUACCUGAAAUGACUGUCGAAUUCGCUCUAAGUAAUAUUAACAAUGUGGAAACAUCGGAUGUCGCAAAAUUAAAAAUAGAUGGAAAAUCUAAAGCAUUAAAAAUACGAGAUACCCCAGAAAAAUUGAGUAAUCCUUUAUUACAGUCGAGGAGCUUACAAAACUCUUUAAAAAUUAUCCUCAAAAUUCUCGCAGCCCUUGGCCUUAUACAGCUAAUUCAUCAACCAUCGACAUCAAGAAAAGACGCAGCUAACACUUACGUUUUCUAUGUAAACCGACGUGCAAAAAUAUUAAAUACUUCAGGCAAAUGGCCCAGACCAAUCGAUAAAAGUGACUUUGAAAAAUUGUAUUACUUUGAAACAUUUGAAGAUGUUAAAAAAUAUUGGCUCGAUGUGACCAACAUCAGCUCCACCACUACAAUAAAUGCACCAAAACGUGACUCGAUUAAACUAGUGCAUCCGUUGCGAUGUGAAACUGAUGUACAAUUGUACGAUAACGGGGAUCGACUGGGCGACGGCUUAGGACCGUGCGGAUUCGAUUCCAGCAUAUUUUUAGAUAUUCCGAGGUUGUGGCGGAAAUUCGUAUUCAAACUUCCUAAUUUACCGCAACCGGCGCCACCUAAACGAAAGAUAAUAAAAAGGAUUGUAAAGAAGAGAAACAGACCUAAAAAAGUUGUGAAAAAAGACACAUUACCAAAAAUUGAUAAGAGGAAGAGAAUUGCCGACACUCCUUUGACGUGGUCGAGCUUAGAAGAUAAAAUCCUUAUGUUGUGCAAAGCUGCUAUCACAGUACUGAGUCCCUCGUCUCAGCCCGGCUCGUUGAGACUUAGGAACAUCGUAGCGAAGGAUCUGUUGACGAUGAUUGACCCUAAAAAGACAGCCGCCUACUGUCACAAAAGAUCGAUGGUCCUGGAAUCGAAUUCGGUAAUGUCAUAUGAAAAAGAUUGUAUCAUAAACGAAAUGAGACGUCGCCGACAGCUGGUAAAGAAAUACGAUGGUCUAUUAAAAGUAUUGAGACUCCGUCAUAUAGGAAGCAUAAAUAAAUAUAUCAAUGAAGCCAGGCUCCCGAUGCUAGAGUUGAUAUGGAUCGCCUCCCAGAUCGAAAGAACCAAGCCGUACAUUCAGCGGAUUCCGUGUAUCGCGUUGAACUUCGAAGAUUUUAACAAGAAUUAUACCAUCACUCCGACGACUUCCAAUCGACCCUACAACGUGUAUAGAACACCGACCACUUGCGAACCUGAGUUCGCGGCUUUGAAAGAGGGGAUCAUCCUAUCCGUUAUGUUGUCCAUAAAGAAUCAGGUCUCUAACGACACUGCGCAGAAAAUAUAUUCGAUAUUCGAAGUAUAUCCCGAGUCCACGCUGAGGAGUGCAGUGGAGCAACUUAGAAAAGGCGGCGUGAUAGCAGCGAGGGAAAAAACUCUGAACAAUAAAGUGAAUAAAGUUAAUUUCGAUGACAUCGUCGAAUCUGCAUACAAAAUCUCAGCUGCUUAUCGCCGUAAAUGGGCUAAUAGAUUCGAGUCCGAGUUUCUCGUCUUUGUAGCGGAUAUUAUGAACAGUGUAGUUCCAGAGAAAGAUUUGAAGGGGUGCAGUGAGCUCAACUGCUUGUUGUGCGAAAUGGCUGCCUGCGAUAUAUUGGACAUAAAGUCGGACACCAUACCCGUGGUCACCGGCUCGGCGGGCUCAAUAAUGCAAGAAGAACAAAUGAAUGUUAUCGACAUGGAAACAAAGUACAAAUUAAAAUCUGGCACAAUAGGGUGGAAAAGCAAGGAAGAUGUGGUGGUUUUCUCAGACUGCUUCCAGGGCAUCGAGUAUAAAAGCAUUUUAGAAUCUAUUUCAAAGGAGAGUGUAGUGAUGUUUUCUGACACUGAUAUUGUCUAUGAUAUGCAAGACCCAAUCAUAUCAUAUUUGGAAGGAAAAGGCGAGAAAGGUAGCACUUUUCACGAAUUACAGGAACACUUAUCAAUAGACCGAAACGAAUUGUGCGCCACACUUAAGGAUCUCGAGGCUAAGAAAGUGGUUAAACGUGUUGGGUAUUACGAAAAUCUACUUAUCCUCACGAAAUAUGCGAUACCAAUGCUCUUACAAAUUGAGCGGAACUUUUACAUUAUACCUACGCCAUGGCUAACUCUAGAAGGACGGAUACAAGAAGAAAUAUUUAUGAAAUGGACUAGUGUAAUAGUAAAUAAAAUUUUUGAAUCCCCUGGAUGCAGUAUAGAGUUUUUGAGCAAUACUUUCGAAUGCAUCUCAACUAGAAGUGUUCAAGAUAUUUGUACGUUCUUGCAAAGAUGCGAAUGUGUGACCAUGCGGUGCAUAGAGAAGAAACCAGUAGACUUGUUUUCGCAAGAUGACGACGUGCCUGACUUGAGUGAUUACAACCCAUACGAUUUACCGGAUAACAUUUUAGUAUUUCCAGCUAAAAAUUUGCUGACUAGAUAUGCUAGUUUAUGGAAAAAGGUUUUGGAUGAAACUGAUACACAACUUGUAUAUUAUAAAUUGGCUCAGUCUUAAGAAUACUUUGUAGAUAUUAUGUUUAAUAUUAAAAUUAAUAAAAAGGAGGUACAA